UCAUUUUAUGUUGUGGAGAGUCUUCACUCUUCACUCGCACUUCAUUCUGCAACACAACAUUUUUUUUGUUCGGAAAAUAAGCAAUUUCUUAUCUUGAAGACAGACUUAUGGUAACGACUUAUCUCAAAUGACAGGUUUUGGUGUACCUGCUGUACUGCUGCUGUUGGCUGGGACUGCUCAAAGUUAAAAAAUACUCCACAAUUGAAGAAAGUGCGGGACCAAAGAAGUGAAUACAAAUAUUAACUUGACGCUCCUAUAUCAUCCCGACUCCCGAGUCGUCAACGCCAUCGGAAAUUAGAUACAGAAUGAGUAGUAAUACGGAGUCAGGAAAGGACUCCGUGGUUAACAUCCUUGACGAAAUAUUGCAAGAAAAUUUGGAAGACAUAGGAGGAAUCGGCAAUAAGGCUCAAGACAAGAGUAGAAGUAAGCAACCGAAUAAAAUCGAGGGGUCAUCAGGUGAACGCAAUAUGGCAGGCAAUGGUGGAGAGGAUGAAGACAUGUCUUCCUCCUUAUCGAAAGAUAAGGAGGAGGAUCACUACGAUACGAGGAGUGAAGUUAGUUCCUCCGAUGACGAUCAGGAACAGAUAUCCAACCCAUCGCUUAGCUCUGCAAGUUUCAGGACCGACAGUGAUCUAGAUACCGAUGACGAGAAGAAAAAGACUUCUGGCGACGAGGCUCUUCAAAGGCAGCAAAAGAAAGAGUAUGCAUCAAAACUGAGUUACAUUCUGAGAGAUGCCCGAUUUUAUCUGAUGAAGAGCAAUAAUUUGGAAAAUGUUGCACUAUCCAAAAUGAAAGGGGUUUGGUCAACACUUCCAGCAAAUGAGAAUAAAAUUAAUCAGGCGUUUCGAGAAUCGCGAAAUGUUGUUCUCAUAUUUUCUGUCAAAGAAAGUGGAAAAUUCUCCGGUUUUGCUAGACUUUCAACUGAAUCGCAGCGUAAUGGUACACAAAUUAAUUGGAUUCUGCCGGCCGGAUUAAGCCAGCGAGCCUUAGGUGGAGUCUUCAACAUUGAAUGGAUUGCAAAGAACGAACUGUCCUUCACCAAAACUCAACAUCUUUUCAAUCCAUGGAAUGAAGGAAAACCUGUCAAGAUUGGACGCGAUGGACAGGAAGUUGAACCUCACGUGGCUUCUGAACUCUGUCGCUUGUUUCCUUCGGACACUAAAGUGAAUUGGAGCUCGAUUUUGAAGAAUAGCAAGGAGGCAGCUAAGCGAGUUGGACCAGUGAAGGUUAACGGUCCGAUCGGAGCCCCUGGAGGAAUGGCAAUGGGGCGAGGAGGAGGAGGUGGAAUGCGUGAUCGAAGAGAUAUGAUGAGAGGAAGACCCAACAACAACAACACAUCCUUUCGUAAUACAAGACCCUUCGACUAUGGGAGAGCCCCAAUGCGACGACGAUUCCCAAUGGAAGAUGAAUAUUCUCGUCCAAAGCGACCCCGAGGACCUUACGAAUACUAUAAUAAGGGACCCAUGGGUGGUGGGAUGUCCUACAUGAGUCGGGAUGUGGAUCUCCCUCCUGCUGCCCGCUAUGCUCGUGAAAGAAGCUACGGCUCACCUCAUGGAUAUGAAGACUAUCGGGAUUACCACCGACCACCACCAAUGGCACCAUUACCAUAUCCUCCACCGCCUCCAUUCGAUGCAUUGCCACCACCACCGCGGUAUUAUGACGGUCCACCAUUACCAGAAUUUCCGUCGUCGUCUAGGUCCGCUGUUCGUGCAUCUAGCCCGUACGAGAAAUCUGUCUCUGACUUUCUGAGGCGUACUGGUGAUGGUCGUCGAGAUCGAGAAAGGGAGCGAGAUCGUGAGAGGGACCUGCGUGAUCGCGAAAGGAAGUAUAGAGAUAGGAGAUAAAUUAUUACUACAAGUUAGACAAGUCCGUUUUCACAUGACUGCUGCGUGCAAUCUUUUCGUCGGUAUUAUUAAUACUUUUUUUUGUUCAAGUAAUUGAAAUUGGAAUUAAUUCAAUUCUUCCUAGAGUCUCAGCAAUGUCUAAUUAUUAUUAUUUUUUGUAUAAGCAGUCCGCUAGGGAUGAAUCCCAUUUACUAUUUGAUAGAAUAACCCCUAUUUAUACUGACGUCCCGCAUAAUACCAGCCACAAAAGUGCAUUUAUAAGACCCAAUGUAUGACGUUAAGUAAUAAUCCAAUUUUGAUCUACAAAUUCGAUUUAGUUUGUCAUUAAUGAAAUAAGUAUGCAUUACAAAUACUACAAUGUAAUAUUAAUUGUAGUGAGUUUUUUUUGCCUAGCUAUAGUAUCCAACCCAUAAAAUAAUAUUUAAAUCUUUAGUCUUUUCUUGAAUUGUAAACCAUUCUUUGUUCUUUAUGUAUUGCAUACCUUGCAAGAAAUAAUACAAACGAAUAAAAUUUAUUACAUGAACUA